CAAAGGUUUGAAAUUUUCCUCACGGCGUCAGAGGUCGCAGAAAAGCCUCGGACUGAGUCCAAGAAGACAGCGUUGCUUUUGAGCGUCGCGGGCGCAGAGGCCAUUGAAGUCUUUAACACCUUCACGUUUGCAGCAGGCGAGAAGAACGACGACUAUGCCACAGUGGUGAAAAAAUUUGAUGAGUAUUGCAUUGCACAGACCAAUGAGGUUCACGAGCGGUAUAUGUUCAGGAGAAGAAUCCAAGCUGCUGGCGAACCAGUGGAGCAUUUCUUACGAGACCUGAAGAAUCAAGCACGUGCUUGCAACUUUGGAGCUUUGGCGGAAUCGAUGGUCAGGGACCAAAUUGUGUUCGGGAUAAAUGACGACACGGUACGUGAAAAGCUCCUCAGGGACAACAACUUGACCCUGCAGAAAUCAGAACAAGCCUGUAAAGCAGCUGAAGCAUCAGCAACUCGCAAGGAAAUGUGGAACCAGGAACACCAAGUGCAUCCUAUCAGCAGGACUAGCACGAGCCGCGAAAACCGAGAAGACACGUUAUGACUGCCGAAACUGCGGCGGAAAACACUCCCCAAGAAGGUGCCCUGCUUUUGGAAAAACGUGCCGGAGAUGUCAGCGGAAAAACCACUUUGCCAGAUGUUGUAAAGCGACGGCAGUUGUUGGCGAGUUGCAAAGCGGCCAAGACGAUUUCGAGAUUCUCGACGUAUCCGCAAAGAAUGUGUCCAGCAAGCAUGACUGGACGGUGGAAGUCCAAAUCAAGAACGUGGCAGUUCAGUUAAAGGUUGACACGGGAUCGCAGGCAAAUUUGUUGCCUUAUGGAUUAUACGCCAAAAUGAACCCACAGCCGCCCCUGUACCCCAGCAGCGCGAUUUUACGCUCCUACGGCGGAGAUGUAAUCAAACACAUUGGCGUCAUGCGGGCCGAAGUCUCUUUAAAUGGUUGCAUUGCCAUGCUGAGCUUUUUCGUGGCACGAAAGGGGCGCCAAGCAAUCCUAGGACUUGAGGCGAGUGAACGCCUGGGACUGAUUUCACGCGUGAACAGCGUGUCGCAAAACAGCUCUGAAGAAGUGGUUGCCAGCUUUCGUCACCUUUUCACUGGCACCGGCUGCGUCAAACGAGUAUACCACAUGGUGCUUCGCAAGGACGCCACGCCAGUGGUUCAGAGACCUCGUCGAGUGCCACUGGCUUUAGAGGAGCCACUUCGGGAGGAGUUGUCACGUAUGGAACAAGCCGGAAUAAUUGCAAAAGUCACUGAGCCAACAGACUGGGAAAACAGCUUCUACUGGCGGACAUGCUGUCCAGGGCUUCCGUUAAGGGCGCAGCAGAUAACGCAGACAACAACAACGACGACGUCGAAGUGCACGCAGUCAACUCCACUGGAAUGCGGCUGGUCACCAGCCGAAAUAUUACAGGGACGCUCGCUGCGAACAACUCUACCAGCCGUUCAGGUCGGACAAAGCCGGCGGGUUGACAAACGCCAGCAAAAAGACUACUCAAGAGGGCCACUCGCACCGCUCAACAACGGCGAAACGGUCAGAAUAAAAGACAGCUCAUCAUGGAGAAGAAAGGCUCGGGUUCUUCAGUCGUCUGGUCAACCAAGGUCAUACGUUGUCAUGACUGAAGACGGGCAACUCUUGCGACGCAACCGCGAGCAUCUGCUGCCAACCAGAGAAUCUUUUCGCCUUAGCGGUCCUCCUCACGACGACGAAGGUGUUUUUCAAGAAUACGCUGCCCCUGCCAGCACACAACACGACCCAGAGGCGGCGCAAAACCCAAACAGCACAGCGAGCAUUGUGCCGACAGUUCUGCAACAAGCAGCUGCUCCAAGGACUACAAGACAACGCAGACCACCUCGGCGCUUAAUGUAUGACGCGAACUUUCAACAAGUGCCGUGACUGUAUUCAGUGCUCUGAUCUUUGCUGUAGUUUUGGAUGUGCAGUGAUUCUUUAACUUUCUUUUUGUUCUCCCGAGCUAAAAGCGCUCCUUGUCCUUAGUUUUUUUUUUUUCGUUACGAAGGGGGAUGUAUCGUAAUCUGUAUCUAAUCUGCUCAGCAUGCAGCGCGCUCUGUGUUCAUGGCACGAUACGCCCCCAUGUGAUAAGGGCGUUACCCGCCUGUUCACAACGUGUAUAAAACCAGUGCUGAAUAAACGCUGGGGCUCACUUUUGCCCAGCAAGUGACA